AUGGCCCUUGCCUCCAAGUUCAUCCUUGCUGUGACGGUCUUGGGCAGCGUUCUGUUGGGUGGCGCCGCUUCCCGUCAGUACAAGCCCACAAAGACGUUCACCGAACAGGAGCUGGUCCCACGAAAGGCUGGUGGUCCGCCGAACUGCUUUCCCGCCAUCGGGUUCAAGAUGCCCCUCCACAUCCCCCACUCAGUGGCCAACUGGUGGUGCGACUAUGACACCGAAUACGCGUUUAUGGGCUUCAGCUACGAGGUCACUGCAUGCCAGAGCUUGGAACAAUUGCGACAAGAGUUUCUCGAUAUCAGAUAUACCUUCAAAGGCCGAUAUGUCCGGCUGUAUGGGGCUUGUGACCGUAGUGGUUUCUACGACGACAUUGUGGGCGCAGCCUGGCGUGCCAACCUUGGUGUUCAUGCUCUGAUUUGGUUCGGAUGGGACGACCCUGAUAUUUGGAAGACGCGCCGAGAUGUACUCCUCGCUGCGCUGCACGCCAAUCCCAAAGCCAAAUUCGUCACUCGCGUGCUUCAAUUCGGAUCUGAGCCCCUCUUCGACUGGGCGCUUCCCCCCUUGGACCUUGCAGAGCAAGUAAAGCUAGCACAGGGGAACUUGACAAGCCUCCAUAUUCCUGUCACGAUUAGCGAAAUGGCAUGGGGUUACCAAUUCAUCAGGUCUAUGAAGAUCAUGGACCAGAUCGAUUUUAUCGACGCACAUAUGUUGCCAUUCUUCUCGACUGAGGCGUCUACAGCGGACAAAUCUUGGCCUAUUGUGGAGAACGACAUCAAUUGGUUCGUGAAUAACAGACGAGGAAAGAAGAUAUACCUGAGUCAGAAUGGUUGGCCAUCCACAACAUAUCCCGGCGUUGAGCCAAACGGCCCUUCGGCCGUCGCUGACGUUCCAAACUAA